CUGGCAACUCUUAAUCGGUGUGCCCUGUGACUAACUGGAAUAUUAAAAUUUUGUUAUAAAUUAGAAGUUUAAGCAUAAAUAAUGGCUGGCACCUCAAACGAAUCCGCAAAGGCCGAGAUGAUCGAUCUCACCAAACUCAGCCCGGACCAGCUGAUGCAGAUAAAGCAAGAGUUUGAGCAGGAGAUGACCAACAUACAGGACUCUUUGUCAACUCUUCAUGGCUGUAAAGCCAAAUACGCCGGCUCAAAGGAGGCACUUGAAGCUUUCCAACCCGAAUGGCAGAAUCGACAGAUCCUGGUGCCGCUGACGAGCAGUAUGUACGUACCUGGACGCGUUAAGGACCUCAACAACUUUAUCAUAGACAUAGGCACUGGUUACUAUAUUGAAAAGGAUCUGGAAGGAUCUAAGGACUAUUUCAAACGUCGCGUCGAAUACGUACAGGAACAGAUUGAAAAAAUCGAAAAGAUACACUUGCAAAAGACUCGUUUCCUUAACUCAGUGAUCGGUGUGCUCGAGAUGAAGCAGGCGCAAGCUGCAAAACUGUUGCAAGCCCAGCAGCAGCAGCAAACCAGUCAGACGGCCUAGGAGCGGGGCAUGGACUUGAGGAAAUGAGCAUGGAAACGAUGUGCAGAACAAAGUGAAAUUAAAUUAUUGAAACGUUUAAACGAAAAUUGUGCAUUUAAUUAUUAUAGUUUAUUAAAUUGUUCAAUUACUUCUUGGCCUCUUCCAGUGCCACGCUAAGAA